AUGAGUCCGCUACAGCUGGUGACCGCUCUCCUUUUGGUAUCUCGGAUUAAAUCGAUUCCCUUGAUUAAGUGUCCUUGGUUUAUGGAGAACCUGGAAUACCAAGGGCAGUACAUUGGCAUAGUGAAAGUGAUUCAUCCCUUUGCUAAAUACCAAUGGUUGGUCCUUAAGUUUUCCCAGCAGGGAUUUUACGACUUUGAGAACUCUCGUGCCAAAAUUUCUUUGGUGGAUGAUGAAGACAAGAACGAGAGCAAUCUUUGGCAGGAAUUACCAAUACGAUACCGUGUCGAUUUCCCGAUCCCCACAACGCCGCCCAGGAUCACUAGCAUAAAAGUGAAUGGCAUUGAGAUUUGCAUUGGAGCAGAAUACCCCAAGCCAAGUACAGACAUUACUAUGCGGUAUUCUUGGAAAAGUUUAACUUCAUUAGUGCCCGCGGCAACAAAACCGGCACUUAAUUGGCGACCGGAGGAGGUACCACAAAACGGAACCAUCUACUUUAGAAGGAGUUACUCAAGGACUAUUAGAAAGAUUAUUACGGGUUCUGAAGAGGACAGCGAAAUUGAUACUGCCUCCCAGCUAAUGAUAAGUAGUCCGGAUGGUGCUGCCGAUUCUCAACCGACGAUCAGAAAUCUGGUUCCCCACCAAACCGACCCAUUCGAAGAAUACCCCUGCGGACGUGUGCGACAUGAGAAGACCAGUACGACGCCACUAAUCUUCCAGGGAAACAGCAUAGAACGAGGUCAGCUUCCCUGGUUGGUGGCCAUCUUCGAGCGGCGGGAUAGAAACGGACCCCGUUUCAUCUGUGGUGGAUCACUGAUCUCCUCUUCCUCAGUUCUCUCGGCGGCCCACUGUUUUCGAAUUCCUAAAAAGGAAUUGACUGCCGAUCGCCUGGCCGUCUCCCUGGGUCGAACAAGCCUGGCUCUUCACUCCCCCGGAGAAGAUCGCGGGGUGUCCCAGUUAAUCAUUCACGAAAACUUCAAGUUCGAGCAGUUCACUGAGGCCGAUUUGGCACUGAUCAAGUUGGAUGCACCGGUGGAUUAUUACGACUACAUAAUACCCAUUUGCCUGUGGAGCACCAGCAGUCGCAUGGAUCUGCCCCAGGGACACAAGACCUAUGUGGCUGGCUGGGGACCCGAUGAGUCGGGAACCGGGCACACAGAUGUGGCCAAGGUCACCGACCUGAACAUCGUAAUCGAGUCGGGCUGCCGCCUGGAACUGGCCCCUGAACUGGUGCAGCCGAGCAGCCUGUGUGCCAAGAGGGCGGGAGCAGGACCCUGUACCAGCGAUGGAGGUGGACCACUGAUGCUGAAAGAACAGGACGUGUGGGUGCUACGGGGAGUGACCUCCGCGGGACAAAUCGACGAAGAGAGACACACCUGCGAUCUAUCCAAACCAUCUGUAUUCACCGACGUUGCCAAGCACAUUAACUGGAUUCGCCGGAAUAUGUGGAACUAA